GUUUACCAUCCGUUUGUUCCUCCUCCUUCUUCUUUCGGCAGAAACAUGCAGUUAAACAAUGCUCCUCACCAAUCUCAGGAGUCCAAUUCUUCUCAAACCCAUUUCUAUUCCUCUCGCAUUUCUCUCCACUUACGACCUACCACAGCUCCAACCACUACACCAAGACCAAGACCAAGAACAACCCAUCUACAUUACCAACAGUUCUUACUGGACCAGAAAGAUCCACAAUCUCUGCACCCAAUGCCGCCAAGUCGAUGAAGCACUUGCCCUUCUCGACCAUCUCCGCCUCCGCGGCUACCGCCCUGAUUCCCUCAAUCUCAGCAGCAUUAUUCAUGCGCUUUGUGACGCUAACCGCUUCGACGAAGCCCACCACCGCUUUGUCCUAUUCAUUUCUUCUCACUGCGUCCCUGAUGAGCGGACUUGUAAUGUACUCAUUGCUCGAUUGCUUGAUUCUCAAUCCCCACAUUUAACGUUGCAUGCCUUGCAUCGUUUGUUUGAUGUUAAGCCAGAGUUUGUGCCUUCUGUUAUUAAUUACAACCGUUUAAUUUAUCAGUAUUGCGAGGUUUCGCUUCCGAAUGUAGCGCAUAGGUUGUUGUUUGAUAUGAUCAGUAGAGGGCAUUCCUCAAAUGUCGUUACUUAUACCACUUUGAUUGGUGGGUAUUGUAGAGUCAGUGCAGUGGAUGCCGCAUAUAUGUUGUUCGAUGAAAUGCGUGAGCAUGGGGUUGUACCUAAUUCGCUCACUUAUAGCGUUUUGAUUCGUGGGGUUUUGAGGAAGCGGGAUGUUGAACAUGGGAAGGAGUUGAUGUGCGAUCUUUGGGAGACAAUGAAGGAUGAAGAGGAUCACUCAGUCAAUAGUGCUGCUUUUUCAAAUAUCAUUGAUUCUUUAUGCAGAGAAGGGUUUUUUAAUGAGGUUUUUAAGAUUGCAGAAGAUAUGCCUCAAGGGAAGAGUGUGAACGAGGAGUUUGCUUAUGGGCAUAUGAUUGAUUCUCUUUGUAGAGCUGGAAGAAACCAUGGUGCUUCAAGAAUUGUUUAUAUAAUGAGAAAGAGAGGGUUUACUCCGAGCUUAGUGUCAUAUAAUUCUAUUAUACAUGGGCUUUGCAAGGAGAGAGGUUGCAUGAGGGCUUAUCAGUUGUUUGAAGAAGGGACUGAAUUUGGUUACUUGCCAUCCGAGUAUACUUAUAGGGCUCUAGUGGAAGCUCUAUGCCAAGAAAUGGAUCUCUGCAAGGCAAGGAAAGUUUUAGAGUCAAUGUUGAAGAAGGAAGGAGGGGAUAGAACUAGAAUUUACAAUAUAUAUUUGAGAGCACUUUGUCUGCUCAAUAGUGCUACUGAGCUUUUAAAUGUGCUUGUUUCUAUGCUACAAACUGAGUGUCAGCCUGAUGUGAUUACUCUCAACAUAGUUAUUAAUGGGUUUUGCAAGAUGGGAAGGAUUGAUGAAGCUUUAAAAAUGCUAAAUGAUAUGACGACUGGAAAAUUUUGUGCCCCUGAUGCUGUGACCUUCACUGCCAUCAUAGGUGGUUUGUUAAGUGUUGGAAGAACUCAAGAAGCUCUCAAUCUAUUUCAUCAAGUAAUGCCCGAAAAUGGCAUUAGUCCUGGUGUUGUAACGUAUAAUGCUGUUCUUCGUGGCUUGUUUAAACUUCAGUUAGCAGAUGAGGCAAUGAGGGUUUUUUGUAGAAUGUUAGCUGAUGGUGUGGCUGCCAACAGUAACACAUACUCUAUAAUAAUCGAUGGAUUAUGCGGUUCUGACCAAAUUGAUGAGGCUAAGAAAUUCUGGGAUAAUGUCAUUUGGCCCUCAAAAAUUCAUGAUCAUUUUGUUUAUGCUUCUAUUCUCAAAGGGCUUUGUCGCUUGGGCAAUUUAAAUGAAGCUUGCCAUUUCCUCUAUGAACUGGUAGAUUCUGGGGUUAGUCCAAAUAUUUUUAGUUACAAUAUUUUGAUUGAUUGUGCUUGCAGGUUAGGUAUGAAAAGAGAAGCUUAUCAAAUUGUAAAAGAAAUGCAAAAGAAUGGUCUGGCCCCUGAUGCUGUAACUUGGAGGAUUCUUGACAAGUUACAUGGCAUUGUGAAGAGAUGAUAUAGUGCGAGUAUUGAACUUGGCAGUUCUCACGAGGAGGCUUAUGAGAGAUGGAAGGGAUAGAAAAUUCAUAUUCACGAAGCAAUGUGAACAGGGCAGUUCCUGUCUGGAAUUAUAUACCAGAAGAAUGGAUAUCUGGCUUCCUCACAUCACGUAAAGGAAUGAGAAGCCUCAUAUUCAACCAAGCUGAGUUUAAGGUUGCAUUUGAAAAGUGCUUUAGUGAUGAUGCUUGGGAAAAGGUUUCAUGCAGCAGUAGGCAAAGAGAGGUGUUGCAGAGAAAUGUUAUGCUGGCAGAGAAAUUCUUAUGAAGAGAAACUUUUUGUUUAUUGGAGGGUAAAAUAACAAAUGUUAAGGGGAAGAUCUUGCAUAAUUGAAGUGGCAAUAAAACUGUAAACAGGAAGUCUUUCUGAACUGAUGGUCACUUGAGUGGAUGCUGUCAGUCUCAGCUGGGAAAUAAAAUCCCAAAUAUGUAUAUAUGAAUGCGAUUUAGGAGGCAAUGAAUUGCUUGUUUCAUCAAUUCAGCUCAACAAGUAACGGCGGUCUCUGUAAUUUCACUUUCGGAUGAAUUGUUUCAGUCAUCCCACAGAAACCAUUUGGCAUUUGGUUAGUUCUUUCUUUCUUAUUUUAUUUUUUUAAGACAACCUUUGAAUUUUCUUUGUCAAUCAGAAAGAUGGACAAGCUUAGUUUAAAGGAUGAAUUAAAAGGCCCUUCAAUUCUGUUGCUA